CUCAGAUCAGAAGAAGAUGAUGAACAUUGAGCAGGUUGGACGACUUCUGAACUCCAUCUACAGGAGAGCCAAUGAACUGCAUCUGCAUCGCUGUUAGCAGCUAACAGCAUCUAACCAGCUAAGCAGUCAGUUACAGUCAGUGACCAUCAGGUGGUGCUGAGGCUGUUGCAUGGCCACAGGAGUGAACUACUGGAGCUCAUAUGAACCUGGUUACAAGGUGAGAGAGUGUGUGUGGGGGGGAGAGCAGGAGUCGAGCGGCGAGGAAGGAGGAGGGGAGGUUACAUGGGAAACAGCCGCCAUGGAGGUCAAGGGUCAAAUCAUUACGACACCUGACCCUCUCACUUGCCCUGACAAGAAGCAGAGGGAGCGAAUGACAGAGCUACAGGAGAGGAGGCGGAGCCUGCAGGCGCUGCUGAGGACACGAUUGGCUGAGUUCAGACGCAUCUGUCUGCAGGAGGCAGAGCUGACCGGUGCGGUGCCCAGUGACUUCCCCCUGGAGGCGGGAGAGAAGCCCCCCUGUGUCCGACGAAGGGGGGGAGUGUCUCGCCAAGGAAACAGGAAGUUUAGAGCAGAGGAGGAAGACUCUCAGCGUUCGAAGCCGAAGAAAACUUUAUUCAGUGCAGCGCUGAGGAAACACAGUGACUCUGAACACAACACGCAAACACAAACACACCAUGGCAAGAGGACUGUGCAUAGAGGCUGCCACACAGAUGACACAGUGAGGUCAGAGAGCAGCUCGACAUCAGACUCAACAGGACAUGACAAUGAAGACAGCGUGUCUCAGUGUCGCCCCCCGCUGGUCUCUGCUGCUUCUCCAGUGGAGGUUUUCUACCACAACAAAACCAGAAGGAACUCGCUGCACAUCAGGAUCGACCAUAAGGAGACUCCUCAGACCCACAAGCCCCUCCCCCUGCUGCCCAUCCCCCCUCCCCCUCUAUCACAGGACUCCUCCUCUCGCCCUUUUGACCCAGUAGCAGCAGGUGAGGGCGGGGUCAGGGUGAACGCAGCUCGUCGCUGCAGUAGCUCAGACGGUCUCCUGGACCGUGUCCCCCCCCCAGAGGAGGACGGGGGUGCACAUCAUGGAGGACUGAGGGUUAGUGAUGUCUCGGCGUCCAGGGGAACAAACGUCUCAGGAGUGUUCAGGAGCUCCGAGCUGCUGGACGGACGAACAAGGUUAAAUAACAGACCCGCUGAGGGGGGGGCAGGGGGAGGAAGAGGAGGAAGAGGAGGGGGAUACAGUGAGGUCCUGCUGGAUUACGUCUGGGGGAAACAACAGCAGGUGCAGCGACAGCAGCCCCACACCAAUAACAGGCAGCCAAUCACAUCCCAGCACCAGCUGCUCUACAAUGGCUUCUCCUCCCAGCAGCCCCCAGGUGCCCCGCCCACCUUCCGUAGUCACUAUGGCGACCAACGACAAGUCAAAGUGACCCGCACUAAAUCCUGUGGCCCUUUCCUCCCGGUGCAGCCGACCGAUACGCCCAAUCCUCCCCUGUCGACCAUUCAGCCGGAUCCCCACCCCCACCUGCUACCUCCCCGACCCACACAGCUGCCCCCCACCCAGGAUUCCCAGCUGGAGGAGGCCACCAGGAGCCUCCACAAGGCCCUCGCCCUAGAAGGUCUGAGGGACUGGUACCUGAGGAACACGCUAGGUUCAAUCCACCAAAACCAAAACCACGCCAAUGUCAAGGCGAGCACAGGUGUCUCCACUAAGGUGAAUGGAGGGGUCAAAGGUCAGACGGGUGUGGGUGGAGCUCUGCAGCGUAGACGCACGACUCAUGGCGUCAUCCAACAAUCGACCUAUCAGACGGAGACCAGUCAUCAUCAUGCUCUGUCGCAAAACAAGCAGACGCUGCCACAUUCAGCCACAUUCCACGGACACCCGCUCCACGGCAGGUCUGUGGACAACGCUCUCUACCACGACUCCUUCUCACCUCAGAAACAGGAAGUUCCUCUCAGAGAUCUGUCUGUGGACCAGCCGUCUCCUGGGACCCUGGUCUGACUCACCGUCCAAUCAGAAGAACAGAAACAGACCAAUCCCACACAGACGUAUUGACCUGUGUCCAGGUGACUGAAUCAAACAGACCAGUGGAGGUCCUGGUCCUGGAUGUUUUUUGUCUGCUAUAGAACCUCCUCGGGUUCUCCAGGACCUGCAGGUUCAAGCAGGGCUUCAGGUUCCAGCUGCAGCGUGUCACAGGUUGAUGUUUCUGCCCAGGUGAAAUCUGAGACUCAACAGAACAACUGGAUAAACCACAAACAAAUCAGGUCACACAGACCACCAGCCCAGCCUGGGUCAAACCUUGGUCAAAGGUUAAUCUGGACGUCAGCUGAUCCUGCUGCCAGCCAGGCUCAGUCGCUGCUUGGCUUUAAAUAACUGAUAUCAGGGAUGAAGAUGAACUUGAUGAAACUGAACCUGUGACCCUCCAGGUCUGAUCCCCCUGACCUGAGGUUCGGGUUUACUUCUAAAGUUGGUUCUAACUUUUUCUAUGACAAUGUCCUCGUCUCUCAAGCUGUUUCAUAUCUGCACUGACGCCUGGAACUUUUCCUGAAGCCUCCGAGUAAAAUGUGUGUUAAAUAUCAGAGUGAGUCCAUGUGAGGAAACAGCAGGACAAUGUCCUGAAGCUUCCCAGUCAACUUUUGAUGAUGAGAGACAGCGCCGGUGUUCCCCUCAUUUUCCGGUUGUUGUGAACGAGUCUGAUCCCGACAACCUCCUGCUGCUUCUUCAGAUGAGAAAGAUGAACUCAUGUCUGAAAACAGUUUCAGACUCUGCUCAGACAAUCAGGACACAUCAGAGUUUUUAUAAGAACGUUUGAUAAGUGAUGAUGAUGAUGAUGAUGAUGAUGAUGAUGAUGAUGAUGAAGAUGAUGCACUCUCACCAGCUCAGUCCAGCCAAUCAGAAGUUUAUAAAGUUUGAAAGAUUUUGAUAAAGUGAUUAGAUCAGGUGUUUGAUUCCUCAGGUGAAUCCUUCAAAAGCCAGCAGGUGAUGUUUUUCAGGUGUUUUUACAGUUUGGAUUUUAACGUGCUGCAGCUCGGUCUCAUAGUCAGAACCAGAACCAAAUGCUGCACUCGCAUCAUGAGCCACACAAACUGUAGGAUCCAGACCAAAGCUAAUUCAGCAUUGUUGUCAUGAUUAAAUUUGUGCACGAUCGUUUUCCCUUGUGCGUCAAAUGAGAGCAGGUGCGACGUAGUGUAAUGUAAACCCCGCCCCCUGAAUAUCAACGUUUGCUUUUGACAAAGAACAGAGAAUGAGGUUACCUCCUGUUAGCCUGUUAGCCUAUCAGACUGUGUGGUGGGCUGUUAGCAUGCUAGUCUGGCAGGCGUGUAGGCUAGCAGGCUUUUAGCCUCUCUGACUGUUAGUGGUCCAGGUUGAUGGCGUUCAGCCCGUCAGACUGUUAUUGUUUUAGCCCUGGAGGUUGAUAGCCUCUCAGACGUUGAAUCUGUUAGCCUGGCAGGCUGUAGCCUAGUUGUCUAUCAGACUGUUGGGUCAUUAGCCUGUGAGACUGUUAAGUUGUUAGCCUGUUAGCUUUGCAGGCUGACAGACGGUUAGCCUGGCCGGUUGAUAGCCUUGUAGCCCAUCAGACUGUUAUUGUAUUAAGCUGGUAGGUUGAUAACCUCUCAGACGUUUAGCCUGUUAGCCCAUCAGACCGUUGGGUUGUUAGCCUGUUUGACUGUUAGCUUAGCAGGCUGGUCAGAUGCUGCCCUCUCUCGGAUGUGUCCGUGUUUACCUUGUUCAUGAGGAGCCCAUGUGAACGCCCUCCCAGAGGUCAUUCCUCUGACCUCCACUUUCUGAAAGCUCGGAGUUGUGUCAUGUUUGUUCAAGUUUUCAGAAAGGUCAGAGGUCAUUGGAUGAUAACAUGUUUUCAUUUGAGUCUUUCUUUGUAAUUUUAUGACACAUCUGAGGAAACUGUUCAACAGUAUUUUCCUUCUAUAUUACGUUUGCUGCCUCAUGACUUAACCCCUCCAACGCCAAACACACCACGAAUACGACUUCCUACAUCGUAACCACGAGCUCCCUCUGAAGGCAGCAUGAGAUAAACCUGUUUAUGACCAUAAAGAGUUCAUGUUCGGAAAUGAAGUGAAGUGAUGAUGUCAUCUGCACACAAAUCAUUUAAUUAAUAGAAUGUGACAAAGUCCAAAGAGACCUCUUCAGUCAUUUGAGUCAGAACGUAGAUCCAGGUCCAGGAUCGGGUCCAGGAUCAGGUCCAGAUCCAGUGUGAGAGCAAUAAGAGUCUGUUUCAACUGCUUCAGGAUAAAAAUGCAGUGACAAUCAGACAAUGAUGUCACAGUAUUGAUCAGCUGGUGUAAUGAUCGACUAAAUUGAACGUGUAUUGCACUGAGCUGAACUAAUGUGAACUCUUCAAUAAAGACGUCUGAAUGAGAUGUUAAAACCA